AUGAAGGUCUCGAAGGUUAUGAAGAAGCCCUCCCAGGCCAUGUAUUCGACGGCAGCCAGUGCGAAGGCUGAUAAAGACAAGAACAACAAAGAGAAGAAGAAUGAUGAUGACAAGAAGAAUUUUGAUGACAAGAAUAAAGACGAUGACAAGGCCAUCGUCGCGAAGUUGGAGGAGCAGGUGGCUAGCCUCCAGCAGCGAAUGUCGAAUGCUGAAAGCAGUGUGAAACUGCUACAUGGUGUCACUUUUUCAAUGGCUCGACGAAUCAGCCGUGGGCUCCCGAUGAGUGAAUCCAGCGACAAUGACGAGAAGAACGUCAUUGUCGGCAAAGAUGAAGACAAUGACGUCCACGACCAUGCAGAACCUAGUAGCAUAUGGAACGUGCUGGAAAAGGGGCAAAUUUUUUGA